GGUCACUCUCUCCUCUUGAAAUUCUCCGCAUUCCGUAACAAUAUCGACGCUGACAGAUGCAAUCAUAUUCGUUUCUCACACUUCAAAACAUUCGAAGUACACGGCGAUCAUUAUACUGAUACAAUAUGGCUGCCCGUGUUGACUUCGUUGACUUAGGCCAUACAUAAAUAUGUACCACUCUUGUCAUCACCCCCCUCAACACACAAGGUCGUGAUUACACCCCGUCAUGGUGCUCCCAACCCAACCUUCGUUUAUGGAGUCUGUGUCCAUCGCUGAAACUGUCCCCAUGGAACUUUGGGAAAGAAUCAUAUACUAUGCAAACGCCAGGGAAGAAGCCUUCUUAGGACCUCCCAGGGAUAUAGUGAACAUUUGCCUUGUCUGCCGCUUCCUCAAUAGUGCUAUCAACUUUGGCGAUAAUCCGAGUCUAUACGCUCGACUUUUCCGUUUCAAAUUUGAUUAUCGUGCCCCUCUUCGUCGUUUUGGAAGAGACUGGCUCACCGCACGGUCAAUGGCUCUGGAAUUCAAAAAAAGAAUCAUCCUUCUGAAGCAGGUCCGACGAAAAGAAUGCAGUACGCAAGAUCUUUGGACAUGCUACCUGAUGAUAUUGGAGAACGAUGGCAGAAACGAGCGGCAGCUCAUCGAAUGGGCCCAUUUAUAUGGCUACCUCAAACACGAAACCUGUGUGCGGUAUGAAGCAACUCUUGACUCGACCAUAAAUUGGUUUAAAGAUACUGAGGCGACAUCCCUUUUACUGUGGUUGUGGUGGAUGUCAUUCAGUAGAGAUGAUGUUCGCAUUGAAAAUUCUCACGUUCGAGAUUCACUUAUUUAUCAUCUACUGCACAACUUGAUUGUUGCAAGCUUUCGUUAUCCCAAUGUCUAUGGACCGGAGUCGCAUUUUAAGAUCCCCCCUGCUGGAUGUACCUGGUCUUCGACACCUCCGACGCCCGUUGCUCGUGUAAACCAUUUCUCAAAGGAAUUUGACCUCGCUACACCAUUGUUGAGCGUUGCAUCUUUUCUUAUCUGGACCCUACGGCUAGAGACCAUCCGUGAAAACAUUGAUUUCGACCUUGGCGCAAUUUCCUCACUCCCACUGGAUAGGGACGAUGCCAUGGCUCGCAGAAUUCAAGGCCCUACGCAGACGGAUGUUCUGAGAUUUCAUCAAAACCAAAUUCGAGCCCCUACUCACUGUUCUCUAGUGUUAUGCACAUUUUUUGAGGAGGAGAUACUAACUCAGGAGUGUGAACAAUCCGCCGAAAGGCUUCUCCUCUCAUCUGACUCUCGGCGUUAUGAUCAAGACUGGUAUCGGUCUUGGACAUGCUUUGAUUCUCUUUCAAUCACCCCCUCGAAUCAUAACGCUUAUGUACCGGGGGCUCUUCUUGGCGACUGGGAAGGCUUUUUUGUGCAAACAAGUCUAGAGGAUCACAUCGCCCUUGUAGAUGAUCCAAAUCAUAUGCCUUUAGACCCGAUCUCUCUAUAUCGACAUCCCUUAUAUUUCACUCUGAAGGAGCAUCACUGCUUUCACCCAGAGGUCCCAAUAGGACCUGGAACUGACUGUAUAGGAGGGGAAGAUGUUCUAAACGCGUGGCUACCGCAAGGGCUGAAAAUUCAACAGUACGAGAACGAAGUCGAGGUAUUCGAUCCUGUAGCACAAAGAAACGUGCGUUAUCAGACAUUUCUCCCCGGGGGCUUGGAGGGAACGAAAGAACGGCUGCAGAGUGAGAAAGUGCCUGGUACAAGCCGAAAAUUGGGAAAUGGAUAUAAUUACACGAACAGCUUUUCGCUUUCCAAAAAUGAAUCAUUAAAUGAUAUCCUGGUUACUGGAAAGACUUCAGAAGAAAAUGGUGCAGCUUGGGGUCACUACCUCUUUGUUGGGAGAGUUAGACUCUGGGACGGUUUCAUAGUGUUGCUGCGUACUCCAAGGGAUCCAACACGUUCAAAUCUUGGCCGCUGGUUGUUCAGGGGUUAUCUACAUGACGGUAACUUCGUAGGGCAUUGGCGAGAAACAAGCACCUCCCCUAACCUUACUGGAUAUCGAGGUGAAUUCGUUGCGCAUAAUCGAGAUGGUCGAAACUGCAUGUAGAACAGCGGUACCGUGCUUCAAUCCAAAUACAUUGUCUCAUCGUUAA